GCAAACCCGGACUUGGUGCGGUUGGGAGUUGAACUGGGGAUGGUUCAGCAGUUCCUGGAGAAAGAGGUCACGGCCAGAUUCGGCGCCCGCGUUUGAAUUUCUCUUUGACUUUCCUGGGUCAGCGGCACGAGAAUAUCUACCAGUCGGAUUAUAUAUAGCUUCUGCCGACGAAACAUCUGGUCAAAAGUCCUUGUCUGUUUUGGGAACUUUUCUUCGCGUGUCACGGAGAUCGCCGAACGUUAUCUGUCGGGAGCGAUUUCGCCCCGGCGAACGAGGGCGACCCAACACUUCGCGGCCUCUCGCGCUCUACAUCCAUCCCCAUCCCCCACCAUGCGCGCCUGGUCCCUCUUCCUGCUCGCGCUGCCCUUUGCCACGACACACGCAUAUGCACACGAUCAACGCGGGCAGACUGUCCUUGGACAAGCGUCCAGAGACGCGUACGACGCGGGCCUGUUCACCCCGUACGGCUCGCUGGGCGCGCUCUCGGCGGACUCCUUCACGACGCUCUCGCACCCCGUCUUCCCCGGCGUCAGCGUGCGGAUCAAGAAGAGCGGCGGGUUCUGCGACAACACCGUCAGCUCGUACACCGGGUACAUCGACAUCGAGGCGCGGCACAUCUUCUUCUACUUCUUCGAGAGCCGCAGCGACCCCGCGGCGGAUGACGUCGUCUUCUGGACGAAUGGCGGGCCGGGGUGCAGCUCGAGUCUCGGGCUGUUCAUGGAGCUCGGCCCCUGCCGCGUGCUCGACGCCGACGGCCCCAAGUUCCACCCGCAGAGCUGGAACGCCAACGCGAACCUGUUCUUCGUCGACCAGCCCAUCGGCGUCGGCUUCUCGUACGCGGACUACGGCGAGGCGGUGGGCACGACGGAGGACGGCGCGAAGGACAUGGCCAAGUUCGUGUUCGUGUUCUUCGAGCACUUUAGCCAGUUCAAGGGCCGGCCGUUCCACAUGACCGGCGAGUCCUACGGGGGAAGAUACGUGCCGGUGUUUGCUGCGGAGGUGUACGACCAGAACGCGCGCUUGCUGGAGGAUGGGUACACGCCGAUUAACUUGACUUCGGUCAUGAUCGGGAACGGGAUCACGGACUUUUACACGCAGAUGUCGUCGUCCUUCGAUAUGAUGUGCACACCCGCUUCGCUGCCGCCCUUGCUGAGCAUAUCAUGGCAAGUCAAGCCAUCGCACAAAAGCCUGGUCACGCUGACGGUGCUGCAGAUUCCGCGUUGCGAGGCGCGGCUCAAAAAGUCCUGCGUGGACGCGUACGACUACACCGACUGCGCCGAGGCCAACUCGUUCUGCAGCCAGUACAUCAAACAGCCGUUCUACAAGGCCGACCGCAACCCGUACGACAUCUCGAAAGAAUGCAACGCGACCAAUCGCGCAGAGAACCUCUGCUACCCCUUGACCGCGCACAUCCGCAACUUCCUCUCGAGGCCAGACGUGCGCAAGACGCUCGGCGUCGACGCGUCGCUGCCGGCCAACUUCUCCUCGUGCGACCCCACUGUGUCGGCGCUGUUCCGCGCCGCGCUCGACGGCACGCGCUCCUCCGCGGCGCACGUCGCGGGGCUGCUCGAGCGCGGCGUGCGCGUGCUGAUCUACGUCGGCACGUACGACUGGAGCUGCAACUGGGUCGGCAACGAGCGCUGGACGCGCGGGCUCGAGUGGAGCGGGCGGGAGGCGUUUGCGGGGCGGGCGCUGCGGCCGUGGAGCAGUGGCGGGAAGCGGGCGGGGCUGGUGAGGGAGGCGCGGGGGCUGACGUUCUUGACCGUCGAGGGUGCGGGGCAUAUGGUUCCGUAUGACAAGCCGGAGGAGUCGCUCGAUAUGUUGCAGCGCUGGUUGGCGGGAAAGAGCUUCUGACAAUCAGUCUAGUGAAUUUGGUUUUUCAAUAGCUACCAGAGGAAUCAAUUGUUAGCUAUGAAAGCCAUCUUGGUUUCAGGCAUCACACGGCAAUUAUAGUGCGUGGAUUCGGAUACUAGAAAGCGUCGGCUCCGCCGACAUUCUGCCUUGCUAUUUGAUAUCAAAAUUAAUUCUAAUUUUUUCUUUAAUACGGGCAACUACGACGGGUCGAACUCGAGACCGACAGGAAAAACACGGAGAGGAACGGAACAGCGGGGGAAGCCGGGUCCGACGAAAUCGAGCCAAUUAUGAGGGUGGAGAAUCCUUGACAAGCAAGGCAAUUUCGUUAUCAACGAUUCAUGUAAUGCGCUUGAUUUGCUGUGGAUUGACUUAUGUGCUCCGCCUUUCCCUUCUCUCCGACUUCAAGCCGUCCCGAGCACAC